UGCACCGCGAUAGUGACGUGCCGACAUUUCAGCGAUGUUUUUGUUAUGGAAGAUGGCGUCAGAGUUUGCCGGCCUACGGUUAAUAAGUAGAAAAAUCAAAUAAUGCAGCAAGACGGAAUCACGGAAAAAGAUGCCUACCUUUGAGAAUAGCACAGAGCAUUCUGAAAAUGAUGAUGGGAAUGUAAAUGAGCAGUUUUCCAAGAAAACAAAUCUGGAACCUGAAAUAAUAGAGCACAGUGAUGUGGAACACAGUUGUGAUCCAGAGGAUUACAGAAGUGGUAACUUGUCUGCUUUAACACAUGGUAGUGGCAAGAAUGAAAGUGAAACUUCCAGUGUCGACUCUGUUGCAAAGGAAAAUGCAGAUGUUUCAUUUAUUGAAGAUGACAGCUUUAAAUAUAAGCCAGAAAUAAACGAUUCUGACUGCCAUCCGAACUCCCUCCCUGUAAAAGACGCCGAGAGUGUAUUCUGCAUGAAAAAUGACAAUUCGGGGACAACCUUGAUUGAAAGACAAGGCCCUUUUGAAUUUAAAACUGCCAAUAGCAAAUGUUCGGAUGAGUGGACUGUGAAUAGCAGCAGUUUCAUAGGACCCAAGUGCAAAUCUGAAUAUGGAGGAAGACCAAAUGAAAUGGAAAAUGAGUUAAGCCAAUUUUACAGAGAACUUGAACAGAUUGAUCCCAGUGAUCCAGGAGCUGUGAAUUUGAAAAGUAACAGUUCUCAGGUAUCUGCUUUAAAACGGGCAAGGCCUAAUGGACGGAAUAAUGCACAAAACACAUCAAACUCUAAGGGACGGCCAGAAGGCAGGCCACACUUUCAUAAUAACGGCAGAAACAAUUCAGACUUUGGUGCUCCAAAAUCUAAACAUAACCGCAGAAAUAGACGACAGCACUGGAGGGGUCAGCGCUUUAAUGAUCAGACUGACUUUCCAAACUGGAACCAUUCAGAUGCUAGUUAUGAUCAUCAAUGGCAGACUCCUCAGGCUUUCUUAAUGACUCAGGAUCAAGCUUAUGCAAGAUAUAACAUCCAAAUGCACCAGAGACCAUUUAACACUGCUCAGAUGGCACAGGGCAAUUUCUUUUCUAGUGGAGGUGGUCCAUACAUGGGGAAUUAUGAAGACUAUUAUAAUAAUGCCAAUUAUUGUUGGGAUCCUUCCCAGGGCCAAAUUGAUCCUAAUUAUGCCAGUCAAGGUAUAAUGCAGGAUUGUGUAUAUGGCCCUUAUCCGACAGGCUAUGAAAAUCAGUUAUGCAGAAAUGAUAAUAGCUUCUACCCCUACAGUAAUGGUACCUGGGUUCAGCCUUUUGAUCCACAAGCUGCUAAUGGAUUACAAGGGUCACAGACUCAGGUGGAGGCAGCAUAUACAGGUGCACCCCAGCCUCAGACCCUUAUCUUAAUGAGAGGAAUGCCUGGAUCAGGGAAAUCUACGCAUGCCCAAGAACUCGCCCAAAGUAAUCCCAAUGGUGUUGUGUUGAGUACUGAUGAUUACUUUUCACAGCAGACAGGCUACUCUUAUGACCCAUCCCUUCUUGGUGAUGCUCAUGAAUGGAAUCAAAGUAGAGCCAAAGAAGCAAUGGAAAAAGGCCAGUCUCCUAUAGUUAUAGAUAAUACAAAUACACAAGCUUGGGAAAUGAAGCCUUAUGUUCAACUGGCACUUGAAAAAGGUUAUAAUGUGGAGUUCCAUGAGCCCAACACUGGUUGGAAGUUUGAUCCUGUGGAGCUGGAGAAGCGGAACAAACAUGGAGUUCCACGUGAAAAGAUCACACAAAUGCUGGAACGAUAUGAACAUCUGAUAUCUUUAGAUAUUGUUUUGAAUUCUAAGGAGCCACCACAUAAAACAUCAACACGGCCCCCUUCACAAGACAGACUGAGGAAUGACAUUAAGAAGUCAAGGUACAGACUGGGCAGGGGACGGAAAAGGAGGAAACGUAAACGGCAUCAUAGACCUAGGUCAGGACGUGGCAAAGAAUUGGGAAAGAAAAUGGAAAGAUCCCAAAGUCAUUCUGAAUCAGAAACAGAAUAUAAUGAAGAAUCUAGGUUUUUUUGCAUUGGAAAUGAAAAUUCUUCUUCACACAUGUGUGAAAAGGAAAAUUCUGAAAAUAUUCUUGAAAAUAAUAAUCAUCCUGAUCUGUUGUAUUAUGAACAGCCGCAGCAAGCUGAACCAGCCUAUCUAAAUUCAGAAAGUGCCUCAGAAUCUAAAUUGUUAGAUGCAGAAUGUGAAAAUUGUAAAGAUGAUGUUUUAUCAGAAACUCCAGACCAAAAUGCUAGAAUAGAGGACUGUGCCUCUGGUGGUGUAGACGGAAAUAAUUUUGAAUGGGAUAAAAAAAGUGAUGGAGCGCAUCAUAGCAAAACAUCUGUUGAUGACAUUCCUGUUAAAGGCUCAGGAUAUUCCUUACCUAGGCACAAAACUUUAGAGGCCUUGGAUAGUUCUGCAAAAACAAAGGAAUUUAGAGAAAAGCUUGAAAUUUGGAUUGGUCAGCAGAGAGAAACUGUACAUUUAAUGGAAAUAUCUUCUAAAACAGUUCAUAGGACAGAGUUUUCUGAUCAUGUCAAGCAAGACGAGUUCAAUGAAGAAUCUGAGUCAAACACAGUAUUGAUCGAUGGCUGCCUUCUGCAGGAGUUUUCUUGUGAAGGUGCUCAACACCAUUCCAUUGAACCUGAGACCAAAAUAAAAAUGAACCAUAACGGAAACAUAACUCCAUGUACCUCUCAGAUUGAAGGGGUGACUUCAGAGAUCGUGACAGGUCAUGAUGACAGUGAUGACUCUCUUUUACAAUUACCAGACAACAUUCAGGGUACUUUGCCACAUAUACUUCAUAAUGAAGACGUAGACAAGAUGGCGUCAGUAUCACCCACAGCUUACCAUGAGCAUGAAAACUCUCAGAAUGAGAUUCCUAAGAAGUUAAAGCGACUUUGCUGCCUGGCGCCUAAAUUCCAGCUUUCCCGGGAAGAAAAAGCUGUGCCUCCAGCAGAACAAGAGAAAGAAGAUGUCUAUCCAGAUGAUGACAUGCAAAUUGAUGAAGAAUCACAAGAUGCAGAUUCAGAUCAGUUGAAGGAUACAUGUACACAUUCUGAUUUGGCUCAAGAAAAUGAACAAUCAGAAGCCUGUAUAUCUGAAAUUGACCAGCCUCCCAAAUUAGAUGAUUUGGAGCAUGGUAUACCUUGGUGUUCUCCUACAUCUGAAACUAAUUUCUUACCUCCUAAAGCAGAUUUAUCUGAUCCUUCCCAUUUGGAGGUUGUCAGUAGUGUCCCAUUACAGGAUUGGAACCAUACGUUAAAUGUCCAGGAUCGUGAUGAUGUCAGAGAAACUGUUUCUAGCAACCAGCCUGACAUUUUGUCAUCUGUUAUUGAUCCAUUUGGUAAAGGAAUCGGGAUUUCAGAGUCCUCUGACAAACAGAACAACAGUGAAAUGCUGCAUGUUAACAGUUGUUCAGGCCAAACUCUGAAUCAGGAGAAUGAUGAAGAAGUUGUCAAACCUCAGGCAGAGUUCCCUUUCCUUCAUCUGCAGCUGCCUUUAAAGCUGGCAUUACAACUUGCUGAGUUUUUUGGUUCUCGACAUAUGGAUAUUGAUUCACUGACGCCAGAUGAUCUUACCAUUCCCAUGGAUUUGGAGUUAUCAAAAAUGAUUCAUUCACAGUGGAUGUCAUCAAUAGAGAAACGAUACAAGCAUUCUAUUGUGACAUCGGAACUUGUACCCAGUGAAAGUCCCUCUGUGCAAAGUAGUAAUGUGACGGUGACAACAAUAAUUCCAAAAGAUGAUGUGAUGGAACAGGAGGAGCUGUCUUCAUCUAUGACCUGACUUAUGCCAAUGGUGUUCAGCUUUCAGUAUCAUUCUCAGAACAUUAUCCAGAAAAUGCGUUAAUGCCCUUCAGUAUUGAGGAGUCUUGUGUGCUGUGAAGGUUUUGUUACAGUUUUUACACACCUGAUUCUGAUUUCUCUAAACCAUUCUGCACUAGAUCACAACUGUUUCAUACUGGGCUGGGCAAGAGCACAGAUGUAAAAAAAAAAUUGUCAUUUUUCCAUUUCUUUCACUAGGCAGGGUAAAUUAAUAGUUUCACUUUGAGCCUUUUCAAUAAAAUGCUGUUGGUUUCAGACAAA